GUGGAAUAAAUCAAAAUGGAGCGUUGGUUGUUGCAGUGGUACUAAUCACGAAAUCAGCGUGGAUUAGUUUUAUUAGAAUAAUAAUAAAAUCCUAUCAGUGUCGUUAAGAAAUGUAUUUUUUUAUAUAAUGCUUAUGUCACGAUUUACAUCACUUUACAUAAAAUCUAAACGUUACUUCCACAAAAUGAAUGCUGACAAACCUAGGCCUUUCACGGUAUUCGUCGAGGGCAAUAUUGGAAGUGGCAAAACAACUUUUCUGGAACAUUUUCGUCAGUUUGAAGACAUUACAUUGCUUACUGAACCUGUAGAAGAAUGGCGUAAUUUGAGAGGAUGGAAUCUUUUGGACUUGAUGUAUAAGGACCCUGUAAAAUGGGCUAUGACUUUCCAAUCAUAUGUAUCUUUGACAAUGUUGAACAUGCACCUAAAGGCGACCCCUACUCCAGUGAAGUUAAUGGAGCGGUCCAUAUUUAGUGCGCGGCACUGCUUCGUGGAGAACAUGAUGAGGAGCGGAGUGCUUCAUCCUGCUGAAUUCUCAGUUCUUGACGAAUGGUUCCAGUUUAUUAUUCAUCAAGUUCCUAUUCAGGCUGACUUAAUAGUAUAUUUAAAAUCAACACCAUCUAUUGUCCAUGAGAGGAUAAGAAAGAGAGCCAGAUCUGAAGAGCAGUGUGUCCCGUUGUCCUACAUAGAAGAGCUGCAUAAACUACAUGAAGACUGGCUCAUUAACAGGACAUCUGGUGAAUGCCCAGCACCGGUGCUGGUCAUAGACGCGGAUCUAGAUCUUUCCCAAAUAACAGAUGAGUACAAAAAGAGCGAACAUCAAAUCCUCAGGAAGGCUGUCGAUGUUGUCAUGAGGUCACCCAACAAAUUGAGUCCAAAGAAACCUAUAACUAGUUCCCCUAUUAAGAUAGUCCCACAAAUGAGACUUUAAACUGACUGAAUUUCAAAUUCUGGUAAACAAUGUUAUCUUUAAGACAUUCCGUGACUACCUACCAGCUGGUUGGUAGGGUUUUAAAUUAUCUCCUUUUAUGUUUCUUCCUUUUAUUAUUUCUGUAUUUGAAAUUUGAAUGUUUUGUAUUUGAUUGUUGGUCACUAACCAAACUUUUUUAUUUUGACUUUUGAUGAAUGCAUUUAAAACAAUAGACUGGCACAGUUGAACAUAACAUGUAAUGUUCUUAUAUCUGUGAGUUGAAUUCACAAUUCUUUAGUCUUGUUUACCAGUUCAUUUGACAUGAAUAUGAUAAGGACCUGCCUAGUUAUAGGCAAAAUAAAUAUGAUUGGUGGUAAAUAUUUUUUAAAAUGUUCAUUGUGAUAACGACUUGUGUAGUUUUAGGCAAAUUACAAACAAUUUUAUGAUAAAAUGUUUAUUGUGAUUCUUAAAUCUUGUAUUAAAAAUUAAGUUGCUAAGAA